UUUAAUAAAUGGGAACGACGCUUCGAGAAGAGAAGCCAUAGCCACACACAAGCCAGAAGCUCUGGCUCUCGCUUUAGCUCGUGGGCGACUCACGAGACCAGCCAGCUAAAGAAGCCGUGAAGUUCACAGAUCACGGGAAUCACAAGAAAGAGCAAAAUCCUCUCAGAUUAGCAGUUAUUGGAUCUCACUGUAGAGAAUGGAGAGUUCUGGUUCAGACACACCAAAGAAGAAAAGUGGUGGAAAUGGACAGGUUCUGGACGGUUCGAAUAUUAUGGAGUUAGUUGGAAACGAUCAAGUUUUCAGCGAUUUCGUGGACCAUAAGUUUCAGGAGCUGGAUAGAGACAGAGAUGGGAAGCUCUCCGUGAAGGAGCUUGAACCUGCCGUUGCUGAUAUUGGUGCCGCUCUAGGCUUGCCCGCUCAGGGUACUAAUCCCGAUUCCGAUCACAUCUAUUCUGAGGUCUUGAACGAAUUCACCCAUGGCAAGCAAGAGAAAGUGAACAAGAUUGAGUUCAAAGAGGUACUCUCAGACAUUCUGUUGGGCAUGGCUGCUGGGCUGAAACGAGACCCAAUAGUGAUACUUCGUAUGGAUGGGGAAGAUCUCCUUGAGUUUGUUAGUGGACCAAGUUAUGAAGCAGAAAUGGCUUCCAUGUUCUCCCAGAUUGAUUCUCCUGAUGCUUCACUCCGUGAGCACAUAAUUGGAGCUCUGGAAAAACUCUCAGUUGAGCAAGGGAUUCCUCCCACUUCAGAUUCUUGGGUUUUUAAUAACAUUGUGGAACCAGCUCUACAAUCUCAAGCUGGCCCAGAUUGGGAUAAACCUGCUUCUCAAGAGACAUUUUUUGUGGAAUUUAAGAAAGUAGCAUCGGCUGUGGCUGAUCAUCUGAAGGAGCAACCUGUCAUUGUUGCUCACAGUGAGAACACAUUUGAUGGAAGCGGCGUUAAGAGGCUAUUGUCCAACAAGUUUGAAUUAGACAAGACCUUGAACUCAGCUUUAGAAAACAUACCAAAAGAUCGCAAUGGAAAACUGUCAAAGGAAUAUCUGCGGGUGGCACUUGAUGUCGUGUCUCCUUCUGCUGGUUUGCCUCCAGUUGGUGCAAUUGAAGAGAUGGAUAAGGUUAUUGGCGAAGUUUUGAAGAUGAUAAAUGCAGAUGAUGGAAAGAUGGUUAAAGACGACGAAUUCAAGAAAAUAUUAACUGAAAUACUGGGGGGUAUCAUGUUGCAGUUAGAGGGAAAUCCCAUAUCUGUUUCUUCAAAUUCAGUUGUGCAUGAGCCUCUAGGCUCCUCCUCUUCGCUCUUGCAGCCAUCUAGUGAAACGGCAUAGUGUUCUCAAGUAUGUGAUGGGUAAAAGAAAUAAGUAUGAUAAUAAUAAUAAUUUUUUUAACUUACGUAAACAAUCAUUAUUAAUGUAAUCUGUGUUUUGAAAAGUGAUUUUGUACGCUGAGUCUCUGGGUGUAACUCAUGAAUACGAAAAUAUGGAAAGCUGCGGAGGCUCAAUGGCCAUUGUGCCUAGUUGGUCUUGUUGGUCUCA